UAGCUAUACCAUUUGAAAGAAGGGUGAAACUGUCAUUGGUGUCACGUUGAUUCAUGUAAGAAUCUAAUGCUAAAAUUUUUGUCUUAAACCAUUUUCAACUUCACAGUGAGCUAAACUGAAGAAGAAGAAGAUGAAGAUGAAGAUGAAGAAGGAAGAAGAAUCAACGGUUCAAAUGGAAUGUUUAACUUCAAUUGAUUCAACAACUCUCACACAUUCAGAGCUUCAAGCACUUUCUCUCUCUUCUCUCUCCUCCUUCGACCUCAAUUCUACACGCGAAAUCGUCACUCCUAAAAUCGAUCCAUCAACCUUCAACCACAGCGCUGGCUCCCACCGCACCUACUCCCGUCCUCACCGUCGAUGUCGCGUCGCACCUCCGCUUCUUCCUACUCCCACUCUCCCCUCCGACCACCGCAUCAUCAUCGAUUACCUCAAACAGUUCAUCAGAGAAGAUCCCAAGUUCGACACGGUCGAGCUUCGGAAUCCUUCAAUUCCUGAGGUGAAGGAAUUUCCAUUGGCAUUGCCUGCUGGUGAAGUGAGGAAGAGGAAGAGAGGGAGGAAACCUAAAGUGAAAGCGCAUUUGGAGGAAGAGAUUGUGAAUAAAAACGGUGUUGUGAUUGAUUUUGCUGCUUUAUCGGAGGUUGAGCAUCCUUUUGCUGCGGAGAUUGCGAGAAGGACGGAAGGGUUAAAGGAGGAAGAGGAGUUGUUAGGGUUUUUGAGUGAUUUGGUUGGGCAGUGGGGAAGUAGAAGGAGGAAGAGGAGGAUUGUUGAUGCUUCUGAUUUUGGUGAUGUGUUGCCUUUGGGAUGGAAGCUUCUUCUUAGUUUGAAGAGGAAAGAUGGUCGUGCUUGGAUUUAUUGCCGCAGAUAUAUAAGUCCUAAUGGACAGCAGUUUCUGUCUUGCAAAGAAGUUUCUUCCUAUCUGCAGUCUCUUUUUGGUCAUGCUGAUGCACAGUUACAAAUCACUCAAAGAAGUGAAAAUAUACUUCCGGAACUGAGAGUGACUACUGAAAAUGUAAGUAACCCUGCUGCUGCUUCUGUUGCCCGCAAGGAGCAGGACCAACGACAGAUUGUUGCCACUAACUCAGAUGCGUCUGGUUUGUCCGUCUAUAAUGAACGAUUCAAGGAAAUUGCCUUGUUGGAGAUGGAUAACCUUGCAGAUGUGCAAAUACGUGAUUUGUUUGAAUGUCACAAGUGCAGCAUGACCUUUGAUGAGAAGGAUGCGUAUUUGCAGCACCUGUUGUCUAUUCAUCAGAAGACGACGAGGCGGUAUCGACUUGGUUCAUCUGUUUCAGAUGGAGUUAUAAUUAAAGAUGGAAAGUUUGAGUGCCAGUUCUGUCAUAAAGUGUUUUUGGAAAAGCGUCGCUACAAUAGUCAUGUUGGGAUUCAUGUUAGGAAUUAUUUGAGGAGAGCUGAAGAUUUGCCGGGUCAGCCUAACGUCCUGGGAGCAGAAGAGUCUCCGGUCACGGAUGAGACACCUUCAAGGAUCACGAAGAUGGAUGCCCUCAUCGAAAUUGCUCAAAACUCUAUUAUAGAGGAUUCUGUCAGGGAACCAUAUUGUUCCUCUACACUAAAUACGAUACCUGUUUCAGAAAUUGCGGUUGGCGACUUAGAUGAAGAUAUAAAUGCUGAGUCUCCAUUCGGUGAACAGAAAAUGGAAAAGAGCUUGACUGGCACAAAUGUAGUUAGUGAUCUAAAUCAGCAAGGUAGUCCUCGUUUACCCAUGGAUGGAACAAUAGAGGAAAUUGAUGCUAAUAACCGAGUUGUUGAUGCAAAGAUGGUUAGUUUUCUAGAUAACAUGGGGUUGUUAUCUGUAAAUAAGAAAAAUGUCGAUGCACCUGAUACUUCUGAAGGUAAAGGUGAUGUGGCGCUGACUGUUGAAGGGUUUGAUCGUUCUGGGAGUGAACUGCAAGGAGCUUCUCAAAGUCCCUUGCUUCAUUCAUCUGGGAAUCACAUGAAACCUGGAUCCAAGAAGAGUGAAAAUUCUGGUUGCACUAAAACUAGGGGGGAUCUUAAACUUGAUGAAGACAGUAGCAAUAAGAGUGACUUGAAAAUUGGUUUAGAUAGCUGCAAAGAUGUACCUGGUGUUUCUAAUGUUCAUGUGACAGCAAUGCCAACUUCUACAGAAAAUGUGGUCCAAUCUAAGGUUUCUAACCCCUCGGUAUCCCCAGAACAAUCUUUGGAUUCUUUUUCUGCAUUCAGCUCCGACAAGGGGUUCCCGGAAUUGAGGUUAGAAGAUAUUGGUUCUCUCGAGUAUGAUUUUGCAAGUGUUCCAGGUUCUCUUGAUGUGUCAACUGAAUUGGCAAAUGACAUAGUGGUGCAAGGGACAUGUACAUCCUCAGCUCAUUCUGCAUCACAAGAAGUUAUGUUAAAUAUGGAUUACAAAAAUCAGCUCACAACCACAUGUGUAUGGUGUGGAAUAGAGUUUAACCAUGAUGCUGUUAAUUCUGAAAUACAAUCAGAUUCUGUUGGAUUCAUGUGUCCAGUUUGCAAGGCAAAAAUCUCUGGUCAAAUCAAUGUGUUGGACAGUGGAUCACCAAAUGCUGGCCAUCUUUAGACUGUUCAAUGAUCUUUAUAAAAAUCAGUAGCAGGAGUUGAUGUAGAAGAGAAAAUCCAGCUUUUGGAGUUGAUAGAGUGCUCAAUUAUGGGGCCUGCAUAGAUAUAUCGAAGUGUGGUCUCAAUUUAUUUCUCCUUGACUCGCUGUAUGUUGUAUUAUCACCCACAAUCCUGUUUAUUUGUAAGAAAACCGAUAUGAUCAUGUAGUAUUGUUUUUUGAAGUCUGUAUCACUGUUGUAAUUGUCUUAGCCUUGUAGGCCGUUCAAUGGAACUCCAUACACAACUAGUGUGUAAUGAAUGUAUCUGAUAGCUACAUCAAGUGAAAAUAUGAACAAGGCAAUGAAUAUAGUGACAGUUUAAAUUGCAUAUUAACA